UCACUGUGGAGCCACAACAUUAGCCUCGGUGAUGGGGAGGAGGAAUGGGAGAUGGAGGGCUUGUCGCCUAUCAUCCCUAUCAUCACCGCUCUCUACUCGUUGGUGUUUGUGGUGGGAUUGCUGGGAAACUGUUUGGUCAUGUAUGUCAUCAUAAGGUACACCAAGAUGAAGACAGCCACUAACACCUACAUCUUUAAUUUGGCCCUGGCUGAUGCCUUGGUCACCACCACCAUGCCCUUCCAGAGUACCGACUACCUCCUCAACACGUGGCCCUUCGGCGAAAUUGUGUGCAAAGUUUUCAUAGCCAUUGACUACUAUAACAUGUUCACUAGCAUCUUCACACUCACCAUGAUGAGCGUGGACCGCUACGUGGCCGUGUGCCACCCGGUCAAGGCGCUGGACUUCCGGACGCCGGUCAAAGCAAAGGUGAUCAACGUGUGCAUCUGGAUUCUUUCGUCGGCUGCUGGUAUUCCGGCUUUCGUCCUGGGCGGCACGCAGACAAACAACGGAAUCACAGAGUGCGCCUUACAGUUCCCUGAACCGUAUGUCUACUGGGAUACCCUGAUGAAGAUGUGCGUGUUCGUCUUCGCCUUUGUGGUUCCGGUCCUGAUCAUCACUGUGUGUUACUCCCUAAUGCUCCUGCGUCUCAAGAACGUCCGCAUGCUGUCCGGCUCUCGGGUUAAGGACAGAAACCUGCGUCGCAUCACCCGACUGGUGGUGGUGGUAGUGGCUGUCUUUGUGGUGUGCUGGACACCUAUCCAUAUCUUCAUCCUGGUCAAGGCUCUGGCCAACGUGCCAGAGACCACUGCAAUUAUGGCUGCUUACUUCUUUUGUGUGGCUCUUGGUUACAUCAACAGUAGCCUCAACCCUAUCCUCUACGCCUUCCUGGACGAGAACUUCAAGCGCUGUUUCAAGGACUUUUGUGUCUCAGCCAGGCGGCAGAAGGCCACCGGGAGCAGGAAGGUGGCCCUGGGGGCCGUGCAGGAGGCUGCUGUGCCUCUGCAGAACCCAGAUGAAAAUACCAAGCCCACAUGA